GAGAAACCCAUAGAAAUGAGUCUCCUCUUCUCCCCUUUACUGCAAGCGUCUUUCUUGAUUAUCCUUCUCUCUUUCAAAUGCAUAUUUCCCUUUUUGGAGUCUGCCGCUUUAAGCUUAGAGACUGAUAAGCAAGCCUUGAUCUCCUUCAGGUCUCAAAUAAGCUCAGAAUCUCCCUACUCUCCAACUUCAUGGGACCAGAAAUCGUCCCCUUGCAACUGGACAGGAGUUGCCUGCAACAGAUUUGGCCACAGAGUCGUUGGCCUCAACUUGUCCAGCUUGGGACUUUCUGGGUCCAUAAGCCCUUAUAUUGGCAAUCUCUCCUUUCUUCAUUCCCUCGAGCUUCAAAACAAUCAACUUACAGGAACUCUUCCUGACGAAAUUUGUAAUCUUUCAGAGCUGAGAUUCUUGAACCUGAGUUCCAACAGCUUGCGAGGUACGAUACCAUCGAAUGUUAGCAAGUUGACGGAGCUCAGAGUGCUUGACAUAUCAAUGAAUCAGAUUACAGGAAGAUUUCCUGAAGAGCUGACCUCGCUUGCCAACAUCCAAAUUUUGAACCUGGGCCGAAACCUUCUUUGGGGUAACAUUCCACCAUCUAUAGCAAAUCUUUCGACACUAGAGGAUUUGAUCUUAGGCACAAAUACUCUUAGUGGCAUCAUACCUAGGGAUUUAAGCCGUCUUCGAAACUUGAAGGUUCUUGAUCUCACCAUAAACAAUCUCACUGGUACAGUUCCGGCCACCAUUUACAACAUGUCUUCUCUAGUUAAUUUGGCCUUAGCUUCCAACCUGCUAUGGGGUAAAAUUCCAAGUGAUGUUGGAGUGACACUUCCAAAUCUUUUGGUCUUCAAUUUCUGCAUCAAUAAGUUCACUGGAACAAUUCCUGGUUCUUUGCACAAUCUCACAAAUAUAAAGGUCAUUCGAAUGGCUCAUAAUCUUUUAGAAGGAACAGUGCCGCCAGGUUUAGGAAAUCUUCCAUUCCUGGAAAUGUACAAUAUUGGUUACAAUAGAAUUGUCAGCUCAGAAAACAGUGCUCUAGGUCCUCUAGGAUUCCUCAUUUCCUUAACAAACAGCACCCGUCUAAAAUUCCUGGCCAUUGAUGGCAACCUUUUGCAGGGUGUCAUUCCAGAAUCUGUUGGUAAUCUUUCCAAGGAUCUCUCGAAGUUAUACAUGGGAGGCAAUCGUAUAUAUGGUACUAUACCAGCCUCAAUUGGUCAUCUUGGUAGCCUGACUUUGUUAAAUUUGAGCUACAACUCUAUCACUGAUGAAAUCCCGACUGAAAUUGGUCAAUUGGAGAACCUGCAAAUGUUGGGUCUCGCUGGAAAUCGAAUUGCUGGGAGGAUCCCAGAUUCCCUUGGUAAUCUCCAGAAGUUAAACCAGAUUGAUUUAUCAGGAAAUGAAUUGAUGGGGAGAAUACCCACUGCUUUCGGGAAUUUCCAUAGUCUUCUUUCCAUGGACUUGUCCUCCAACAAGCUCAAUGGAACCAUACCCAGAGAAAUUCUCAAUCUCCCCGGCUUGAGUAUGAUCUUUAACUUGUCUAACAACUUCCUGAAUGGGAGUUUGUUCCAGGAAAUUGGGCUUCUGGAAAGUGUUGUUACCAUUGACCUCUCUAACAACCGUUUAUCAGGCGAUAUUCCCAGCUCACUAAGAAACUGCAAGAGCUUGGAGGAAUUCUACAUUGCCAGAAAUUCAUUCUCAGGCCCUAUCCCAAGCACUCUUGGAGAAAUGAAAGGCCUGGAAACUGUAGACCUUUCCUAUAACCAUCUUUCUGGCUCCAUCCCUCUUGAACUCGGAAAACUAAAGGCUCUUAUGUCCUUAAACCUUGCUUUUAAUGACCUAGAAGGAGUUGUUCCCUGUGAUGGGAUAUUUUCAAAUCUCUCUAGAGUUCAAUUAGAAGGCAACCCAAAGCUUUCCUUGCAUCUCGCAUGUCAGAAUGCUCGAGAUCGUGGAAGAACGCUAAUCAAAGUUUGUGUCGUCAUCUCUAUCAUGGCAACUUUGGCUUUGUGCUUCUCUAUUGGUUCAUUAUUCUAUAUAAGGAGAAGCAAAGCGAAGAUUGCUUUAUCUUCCAGCUUGAUCAAGGAGCAUCAUCAAUUAGUUUCAUACCAUGAACUCCGCCAAGCAACUGGGAACUUCAACGAGCAAAAUUUGAUUGGAAAUGGGAGCUUUGGGUCAGUGUAUAAGGGGUGUCUUGGAGAUGAUUCUGUGGUAGCAAUCAAGGUACUUGACAUCAAACAGGUCGGCUUUGAAAAGAGUUUUCUUGCAGAGUGUGAGGCUUUAAGGAGUGUUAGACAUCGAAAUCUUGUUAAGCUGAUCACAUCUUGCUCUAGCGUGGACUUUAAAAAUGAAGAAUUUCUAGCUCUAGUUUAUGAGUUCCUUGGUAAUGGGAGUUUGAAAGACUGGAUUAAGGGCAAGAGAAAGAAAGAAAAUGGAGCUGGACUAAAUCUCGUGGAGAGAUUAAAUGUGGUUAUUGAUAUAGCCAGUGCAAUAGAUUACCUCCACCAUGACUGUGAUGUUCCCGUGGUGCACUGUGAUUUGAAGCCUAGCAACAUUCUUCUGGAUGAGGACUUGACUGCGAAGGUAGGAGAUUUUGGCUUGGCGAGGCUGCUGAUGGAGAAAGCAGGCGAUCAAACUUCAAUUAGCUCCACCCAUGUCCUAAAAGGUUCCAUAGGCUACAUACCUCCAGAGUAUGGCCUUGGAGUGAAACCGUCAAUAGCUGGAGAUGCAUAUAGCUUCGGAGUGCUAUUGCUAGAGUUGUUUACUGGGAAGAGUCCAAUCGAUGACAGUUUGAUGGGUGAACAAACUCUAGUGGAAUGGGUGCAAUCAGCUUUUCCUGCCAAGCUAUUGCAAGUUCUGGACCCUAAGUUGCUCCUGCUUAUGGAUAUCCUUGUCCAUGACGGUCGCCCUAUAAGCCCAGAACUUCAACAAGAAUGCGUGAUCACAAUUCUUGGGGUUGGACUAUCUUGCACUGCAGGCUCUCCUGACAGCCGCAUCAACAUAAGAAAUGCUCUUCGCAAGCUACAGGAUACUAGGGGCAGCCUUCUUAAUCAUGUUCCUACUAUGAAAGCUUCCAAAUCCCAGAAUAAUCAUGGGUAUUAAGAAAAUUAAGAUAAUGGUUAUACUUAACGAGGGAACUAGAGAUAGUCCUCCUGCAAUAAACUUACCUGUAUGUUUUUGGUUGUGAUAUUACCUAUGCUAUACUAAAACAUAAUGUAUGUAUAAUCUUUCAUAUAAUUAAUAAAAGAAAAAGGAUAGUGUUUCUAUA